AGUUUCUCUCUCUCUCUCUCUCUCUUCCGCGCGAGGGUCGGUUCGCCCCGGCAACGAAAACCUAGCCCCUCGCUUGCGGCGGCAAAACCCUAAAGCGAAUCCUUGCUUCCUCGAGAAAAGCCGAGAUGAAUCCUUACGACCUCAGAUACGCCGAUCCCUAUUCCUACAGAGAGCGACGAAGUGAUUUUAUGCCGCCAUCGAAUGGGCAGAUGAUGCACCCAUUCUCCGUCCCGAUUGGCGGCGGCGNCCUUUCCCACAUUCCUUCCCGAGGCAACCUCGGUUCCCGCGGCGGCCGCGGAGGGAGGGGAUUCGAUGCCGGGAGAGCCGGUGGAGGACGAGGAGGAGGUGGUGGUGGUGGUGGUGGUGGUGGUAGAAGUGGAGGUGCCCGGCGACCGGAUUUGAAGCGCGGCAGCGGAAGGGGCCAAGAAGUCGCCGGCCGUGGAGGCGGAAGGGGAAGGGGAUCCGAUGGUGGGCGUGGCAGAGGACGAUCAGGCGGCAGCGGCGGCGGCGGCGGUGGUAGGGGUUUUGGGAAGCCGAGAAAUAGUCUCGACAACAUGACCCUUCCGAAACAGAAUUUCCGCGAUCUGAUCCCCUUCAAGAAGGAUUUUUACGUAGAGAGCCCUUCGGUGCAGGCGAUGUCUGAGCAAGAGGCUGUGCUGUAUCGUAUGCGACGGGAAAUCACGGUGGAAGGCCGCGACGUGCCAAAGCCUCUCAGAUUUUUUCAUGAGGCUAACUUCCCAGAUUAUUGUAUGCAAGUGAUAGCUAAAUGUGGUUUUAUCGAACCAACACCUAUUCAAGCUCAAGGUUGGCCAAUGGCUUUAAAGGGCAGAGAUUUGGUUGGUAUUGCGGAAACCGGUUCUGGGAAGACGCUGGCUUAUUUGCUUCCAUCAUUGGUGCAUGUCAAUGCACAGCCUCGCCUGGCGCAAGGUGAUGGUCCAAUUGUCUUGGUUCUAGCACCUACACGAGAACUAGCUGUUCAGAUACAAGAAGAAGCUGGUAAAUUUGGGUCACAUUCAAUUGCCAGGAGUACAUGUAUAUAUGGUGGAGCACCGAAAGGACCGCAGAUACGUGAUCUUAAAAAAGGAGUUGAAAUUGUGAUAGCAACACCAGGCCGACUAAUUGAUAUGUUGGAAGCUGGGCAUACAAACCUGCGAAGAGUGACGUACCUUGUAUUGGACGAGGCAGAUCGCAUGUUGGACAUGGGUUUUGAGCCGCAGAUUCGGAAAAUUAUAUCUCAAAUUCGACCUGACAGACAAACAUUGUAUUGGAGUGCCACAUGGCCAAGAGAAGUGGAGGCUUUGGCAAGACAGUUUUUGCAUAAUCCCUAUAAAGUAAUAAUAGGAUCCCCUGAUCUUAAAGCCAAUCAAUCGAUAAACCAAAUUAUCGAAGUCAUUCCUCAGCAUGAAAAAUACCCCAGACUGGUAAAACUGUUGGGCGAAUUGAUGGAUGGGAGCCGAAUCUUAAUAUUUAUUGAGACCAAAAAAGGAUGCGAUCAGGUUACUCGGCAGCUCAGGAUGGACGGAUGGCCCGCAUUAUCUAUUCAUGGCGAUAAAGCCCAAGCUGAGAGAGACUGGGUUCUUGGAGAGUUCAGAAGUGGGAAUAGUCCUAUAAUGACUGCUACUGAUGUAGCUGCACGCGGUCUUGACGUGAAGGAUAUAAAGUGCGUGAUCAAUUAUGAUUUCCCAACAUGCCUCGAAGAUUAUGUACACAGGAUUGGGCGAACAGGUCGUGCCGGAGCCAAAGGCACUGCCUUUACCUUUUUCACUCAAUCAAAUGCAAAGUUCGCUAGGGAUCUUAUAAAGAUCCUGCAGGAAGCUGGCCAGAAUGUCACUUCUACAUUAGCAUCCAUGGCCAAGUCGGCGAGUAGCAUUGGUGGAGGCCCUGGAGGGGACUUCCGGUCAAGGGGGGGACGAGGUUACGGUAAUCGAGCUCUGAUGUCUGGACCUAACUCCAUGCCACUGGGAGGGAGAGGGAGAAGGCCAUGAUGGACACUUUUCAUACAAAAGAUCAAUGCUUAUCCUUUUGUUUCCAUCGUUUGCUUCACACUGGUUGCAGUAAAGUUCACCUACACGUCAGCGGAUGCUAUUCCACACGUCCUGGCGAAAUGGAAGGCUCUGCUACGAGAACUACAACUACGACCCAUUUAUAAGGCUAUCUUGCAGUUCUUUAGAUAUGAGUUACCAUUCAUUUGGCAUAUACAUUAUGUGUUACACUUGUGUUUUUGUUAGUUUGUGAGAACAACUGCUUAACAUAUAUGGAUAUAGAGACAAACUGACUACAAAGCCAUUGAUUGCAGUUUCUUGCUAUUGUGAAAUUUGUUUGCUCUUGCUCGGUUUAAA